AUGAUUACAUUAGUUCAUCAAUGGUUUAAAAAUUAUGAAUUUGGAAAUGCUACACAAGCUAUAUAUUCAUUUUGGUUAUAUGAUUUUUGUGAUGUUUAUUUAGAAGCAUCAAAAGUUAUAUUUAAAGGACCUGAUAAUGAAAGAAGAAGAGCUUCAGAAGAUGUUUUAUAUAAUGUCAUUGAAAUUGGAUUAAGAGUUCUUCAUCCAUUUAUGCCAUUUAUUACAGAAGAACUUUGGCAAAGAUUACCAAGAAGAAAUAAUAAUGAAAUAUCAAUUAUGGUAUCAAGUUAUCCUGAACCAAUUAAUGAAUUUAAUAAUCCAUCUUUAGAUGAAGAAAUUAAAUAUAUUUAUACUAUUAUUAAAGGAAUAAGAUCACUUAAUGGAAUUUAUUCACAAGCUAUUAUUUCAUCUAAACAAAAACCAAAGUGUACUAUUGUCACUCAAAGAGAUUUGGAAGGUUAUGAAAUUAUCAUUAGUAGUUUAGCUGGUAUUGGUGAUGUAAACAUUGUCAAGGAUGGAAUUUACAAAGGAUCCCCAAUGCAUGUCAUCGAUAAUUCUACAAGAUUAUACUCUCAUUUGGAAGGAAUCAUUGACUAUAAACAAGAAGCACAACGAUUAGCUGCAAAGAAACAACAAAUGGAAAAAUCCUUAAAAGAUCUUGACUUAAAAAUUAAUGAUGUUCAUUUCGUUAAAACACCUGAAGACGUUAAGAAAACAAUUUUAGAAAAGAAACAAUCAUUAAUUGAAGAAAUCAAUUUAAUCAAUCAAGCACAAAAUGAAUGCUUGGAAAUGCUUCAUUAA